AUGCACAAUCAAGGCUCAAGAAAUCACAGCUUCGUAACUGAGUUUAUCCUCUUGGGCUUCUCCAGAAAUCCCAGGACCAAUUGGAUCCUUUUCUUCCUCUUCCUCUUCCUGUAUUUAUUCACAGUCUUGGGCAAUGGGCUCAUUGUUACCCUGAUCAGAAUAGAUGCGCGUCUCCAUACACCCAUGUACUUCUUCCUCAGUAUCCUCUCUCUGCUGGAUCUCAGCUAUGCCACCACUACAGUGCCCCAGAUGUUGGUCCAUCUGAUAAGCAAAAAUAAGACCAUCUCUUAUGCGGGGUGUGUGGUUCAGAUGUACAUUUUCCUGACCCUAGGCAUCACUGAGACCUGGAUUUUUGCAGCAAUGGCCUAUGACAGAUAUGUUGCUAUAUGUCAUCCACUCCACUAUGUGGUCCAGAUGAGCCAAGCUCUGUGUGUACUGCUAGCAGUCAGCUCUGCCCUUUGUGGUCUUAUCUGUGCCCUUGUCUACACAGUCUUUGCAAUGAAUCUUCCCUACUGUGGCCCUGAUGAAAUCAACCACUUCUUUUGUGAAAUUCCUGCUGUUUUGAAGUUAGCCUGUGCGGACACAUCCCUCAAUGACCAAGUGGACUUUAUCUUGGGUUUCAUCUUGCUUCUGAUCCCCCUAUCCCUGAUCCUGGCCUCAUACAUUCGUAUCUUCACUGCUAUUCUAAAGAUUCGUUCCACCCAAGGGCAGAUCAAGGCCUUCUCCACCUGUGCUUCCCACAUCACUGUGGUCACCAUGUUCUGUGUUCCAUGCAUGAUCAUGUAUAUGAGGCCUGGCUCUGAAGCCUCCCCAGAUGAUGACAAGAAGUUGGCCUUGUUCUACAAUGUCAUUUCAGCCUUUCUCAAUCCCAUUAUUUAUAGCCUCCGGAACAAAGAUGUGAAGAGGGCUUUCUUCAGGUUAUUUGGAAUGAGUGAGGAUGCUCAAUAG